GACGGAUCCAGUCAUUCAGAGGUCGUGCGCAGGGGAAGCAGAGGCUUGGAAGCCUGCUCGCCUGCUCUCUUGGUGGCAGGCCAAGGUUCACGCCGGCGGCUACCCGACACGUGUUUGUUGAGAUGUCGCAGCCGCUCAGCCUCGGCGGGCCUGGUUCUACCGCCGCGGCGGCGGCGGGAGCUCUGGUCGCCAUUGGCCACGGAUGGUGUCGAUCCAUCAAGGUUCGUUAAAUUUCUCUGGCUUCUCUGUACAAGAGUGAGCUGCUGCUGCAGAGACCGCUGCACCGACGCCGCCACUGGCCACCCGGACGAGACGACUGGAGGCGAGCAGAAGCCCAGAGGGAGCGCCGUCCUGGCCAGCAACGUGCCAUGGCAGCUUCCAGUUCCGGUUCAACCUGGCAGCAUCGGGGAGCUCUGUCUGUAAAUCUGUGUGCAGGGAAGAUUACGCCGGACAAAACCAUGAAUUCGUAUUGUCCUACUGCCAAAAGCAGUGACCAAGAGAUAUUGUGCAGAUUAGUACUGCCUGCCUUAUGUGACAGGAGGGGCAGGCAUAGAUGAUCGAUGGCCGAUCCGGUGGCCACCGUGGAGAAGAUCGUCAAAAUCGGGCUCAAGAUCAAGGACGCCGUGGACAAGGCUCGCCACAACGAGGACGAGUGCCGCGAGAUCAGAAAGAGGGUGCUCAGGUUCAGCGCCAUCCUGUCGCAGCUGCAGCAGACGGGGAUGAUGAAUGGCAGCCCGGCGAUGAGCGGCGCGCUGGAGGACCUGGAGGAGACGCUCGAGCAGGCCCUCAAGCUUGUCGCCGCGUGCCAGGAGAGGACCACCGUCCGCCGCCUCAUCGCCGCCGGGGACCUGUCGAAGCAGCUGCGCCGGGUCAAAGAUGACAUCUUGAAUAAAGUGAUGAUGGCGUCCUUCGCCAUCAACGCCCACACCACCAUCGUGCUGUUAACGAUUCAGGCUGGCGGUCAUGCUCCGCCCCGGCAGCCACAGGAUACAGGAGUUACGGAGUUAUUAUCACAUAGCGUUCAAUCAACCAAUGAUCCUAGAUCUGAAUUGAUUGGUGAGAAAAACAAAGUACGACCAGGAAGUGAGCCGCCUUUUGCUACUUUAUUUGGUAAGGUGACGUCUUUGUUUCAAGAAAAAGGUAAGGUGACGUCUUGUGCAAAGUUUUGUUUGAUCUUAACAGUGGCUACAAGCCCACAACUGUGUAUGUGCGCGUAUGCAAUAUUUUAGCCACAUUUGUUUUAUAUCUACGCAAGCAUUCCAACUAAUAAUAAGAUCAAGUAGUUCUGACCUUAGACACAAAUUCGCCACUAGCUACUUGAAAGGCAGGAACGCUCUUGAAACAGUUACACAAAGGUUAAAAGCCACACAAACUAGGGUGGGCCGUGGAGGCUAAAAGUGGUCUAGAUCCCAUGCUUCUGUGCUGGCAACUUUGCACACAUGAAGUCGCAUGUUACAAAGCCACAAAGCUGCAUAGCAAAAGGUGCCGAUAGAGAACGUGAAAACGUUAAAUUUAAUAGAUGAAUAUGCUUUUAGUUAGUGUUAUAUCCAUGUAUCACUUGCAUUUUUGUGUUAUAUUUAGUUUUUUAAAAAUGAUACAGACAAUUUAUCCUAUAUAUAAUUUGUUCUAUGCCAAGUUGAGUGCAGCAACAGUGUCCUUAAAAUUAUAAAUGAUAUAAUGUGGCUUCUUUGCUAAGUUAGUACUCCCACAGCCACAGUUCCGGAAUGUCUUGGACAAAUUAUCUACCCUUGGUUUUUUCCUGAGAUCUGCCAACAAAUGCAGAGUUUUCACUCUUAAGCUUCCAUCAAACCAAAAACCUCCCAGUUCAUCGAUCUAUUGAUCGAAAUUUCCAUGUGAACAGGGUUUUUCUUCCAUCCUUUUAAUACAACUCCGAGUUAAUAAACCUAAUCACCACUAUAUCACUCAUUAAUCAUCAAUUCAUCAUCAUCGAUCAAAAUGAGAAGUGAUCGAUACAAACACAUAUAGAUUUUACUAUCCUCUAAUCUUUUCUUCAUUAUAUAAAAUUCCUCUCCAUGCAUUACUUAUUUGGAAGGCUAACUAGCUAGUACCUAUCAUCACCAAUGGUCACUCGUUUGCCUUCAAAUCUAUCAAUGUUUACCGCUCGGUGCACUCAAACUGAAUAUUACAACUAAAGUUUCAUGUUUGCAUAACCUGAACUACGUGGUAUUUAUGUUUCCAUGACAGGCUUAAAAAAGUUCAGUUUAUCAGAGUUAUAUACCGCUAUAAAUGACAAAAACAUCAUUGGGAUGGGUAGCUCCUGUAAGGUC